AUGUCUGCAUCACCAGCGCGUGAAAGUUUCAUUCCGCCUGGAUCGACAAAUGGGAGUGCAGAGGAGAGACCUCGGCUGUCUGAGAACGAGAAAAAGGCCAAUCAUAUCGCUUCAGCAGAGCAAAAGCGCAGACAAGCAAUUCGAGAAGGUUUCGACCGACUCACUGAGCUGGUUCCUGGAUUAGAAGGCCAAGGUCGAAGUGAGAGCGUAGUAUUAAAAAAAACCGUUGACUACAUACGCUCUCAGCUGGCAGAAAGAAAAUGUUUGGUCAAGAGGAUUGAAGAGCUCGGGGGACAUGCGGAAGAGGAGCUAGAAGACUGA